GAACAUUUUUUAUUGAUAAAUCUUAAAAGCUUUUACCUGUAGCAUUAAGGCUGAGUUUAAAGUGCUGUACACAGUGCUGUUAAGAAGUACUAUUUUUGAUAUGUGUAGCAUAAAUGGAUGAGCAAUAUGAAGAUACAUAAAUUAGUUUAAAUUGAACACAACUUGCUGGCCAGCUGUAUCACAAAGCAGGAUGUGAACUUGUAGUGAAAGUUCUUGUCAUACAAAGCUGUAAAAAAAACUGGAAAAAAAAAACAGUUGCUGAGGUUCCAUGUCUUUUUUCUGUUUCAGUAACCUAACACAAUGGCUGACGUAGCAACUCCCGCUGACAAGAAGGCGCCACCCAAAUUCAAGCAGAGGGCUAUGCGCACCUUCAAGAGCAAAGCGCCCAAACCAGGCCAGAAGGGAUUUGGAGACGACAUCCCCGGCAUGGAGGGUCUGGGCACAGACAUCACAGUGAUCUGCCCAUGGGAAGCCUUCGGGGACAUGGAGCUCAGUGAUCUGGCGAAAUAUGGAAUUGUUUAA